GAAGACAACAAAAAAACAAGCGGCCUGCAAAGGCUGCAAAGCUUGUUUUCUCUUUCGUUGAUCUACGAAAGAGACCCACUUGGAGCAAGAGUAUUUCAGCAUUAACCAGCUAGAAUUGAUCUACUUAUCGCAUUACUUCGAUCUGCCACAUACAUCCAUCUCGCAAGCGGCUGCAGCUUUUCAUUUACUCGAAGAACAUCAUGGCAGCACAGUGGGUUGGCUACACGGUUGCGAUCAACUGCGGCUCGGUUCUUGGCACUUUCAAAGGUGUUAUCGCCAAAGUUGAGGCCAGUGACCAGAGCAUCACCCUGAGAAAUGCAGACAGAAACGGAGUGCCGUGCACUUCGCGAGAAAUCACUAUCAGGGCAACUGACAUCAAAGACCUGGAGAUUUUGCAGAAGUCUUUCCCACAAGAUCAAGCCCAGGCUCCACCUCCUCAGCCCUUUCAGAAUGGACAGGUUAAAUCUGCUUUUCACGCUGCGGCCCCGCAUUCUUCGCACGACGGAAUGUUGCGGGACUUGCAGGCUUUGUCUUUGUCACCUAUAAGGCGUGAAAUCCCCAUCAAACUUCGGCCAGGAUCAAGUGGUCGAUGCCUCUUUCCUGACGGCUUCCGCUCUCCCAGCAAAAAAGAUAGGCACUUUAAACAAAGGGACGUUGCAGCAUUUGGGUCACCUAUUGACAACGCUGUUCUAGAGGAGGACUUUGACUUUGAAAAAAAUCUAGCCCUCUUCAACAAACAAGCCGAGUAUGAAAUGAUUAACCAACAAAGCAGCAGACCUGAUUUGGUGAAACAAGCAGAGACACCUCAGAAGUACCGUCACGAUGAAAAUGUCCUCGAAGCGACUCCUGCCAAGUACAGGCAGAUAAAAGUUCCAGGCAACAUCUCCCUUGAAUAUGUGACAGACUCUGGUUUGGUGGUGCCUUCGAUUUCGAUUUCUCUGCGCAAUCAACUUUUGGGACUAUCUGAGAGACUAGGAGUCACAAUUGAACGACAAGCUGAACUGAUGGGAAGAGCGGCGACCGAAAUCGCAUUGCAGCUUCUGGGAGGAGGUCACAGACUGAAUCCUCGAAACGCCCAUCAACUUCCAAAUGUGGUCGUCUUCUGUGGUAGUCAGAGGAGUGCCGUUCUAGGUGCCAACUGUGCCAGACAACUUUCCAGCCACGGCAUACCUGUCCAGGUUGUCAUCCCUGAGUCAGGAAUCUCAUCGGAACUCUACAGAGAACUCUCCAUGUUUAGACUGACCAAGAACCCUGUUCUCACAAACAUGCAAUGCUUAACUGGAAAAACUGCCGAUCUCAUCAUCGUGGCCAUUGAUGACCCACAAAUGGACGAUUUUCCCAACAAGCCUCUGCCUGACUGGCUUCCCUUUGCCAUCAACUGGAUCAAGAGCAGCCGAGCACCAGUGAUGUGAUGGGUCUGGAUAAUUGAGAGUCAGCAAAUCAAUAAGAUUCCAAGAACUUGCACCACCACUUCCUCAAUGAAAAACGCACCGUCCAUAUUCGGCGCGUUCUUUCGCCUGCAGAGAGAAAUGGACAAAAUCAUUUUUAGUUUUCAGGUGAGAAGAUCCAGACCAUCCUGAAGGCUGCUGGCAUUGAAGUGGAGCCCUACUGACCAGGUCUCUUUGCCAAGGCCCUUUAAAGUGUCUACAUCAAGGACCUGAUCACCAACGUGGGAUCCGGCAUUGGAACUGCCCCAGCUGGUGGAGCAGCCGCCGCUGCUGGUGCUGCUGCCCCUGCUGCUGCAAAGAAGGAGGAAAAGAAGGAAGAGCCAGAAGAGGAAUCUGACGACGACAUGGGCUUCGGUCUGUUCGAUUAAGAAACAGCGGACUAACCCAGAAUUUCUGUAUUCCAUGGACACAACAUUAAAGCAUUUUUUUGCUUAA